AUGAUCGGAUUUCGAAAGUAUCCGAAAGAAGGUGGUCAUAGACAACAAUGGUUUCGUCGAUUGUUCUUUUGGCACUGGUUUGUUAACUAUUUUCCGAUUCGUUUACAUAAAACAUGUGAUCUAUCUCCUGAUUGUUCUUAUAUAUUUGGUUAUCAUCCACAUGGAAUUAAUUGCCUUGGAGGUAUUGGUAAUUUUGCUACGGAAGCUACGAGUUUUGAAAAUUUAUUUCCUGGUAUUAAUCUUCGUUUUCUUGUAUUGAACUCCAAUUUUGGAAUACCAUUUUUCGAAAUAAUUCUAACAAUGAUGGGUAUAUGUGAUGUAUCGAAAGAAUCGUGUAAUUAUAUUUUAAAACAAGGCAAAGGCAACAGUAUUAUGUUAGUUAUUGGUGGUUCUAGAGAAGUACUAGAUGCACGUCCAUCUUGUGAGUAUUUAUUAACGCUUAAAAAUCGUAAAGGUUUUAUUAAAAUUGCUCUGGCAAAUGGUGCAAGUCUAGUUCCUGUGUUUUCAUUUGGUGAAAAUGAUCUAUACGAACAAGAUCCUAACCCACGCGGUUCGAAAUUAAGAAAAGUGCAAAUGUUUCUACAACAAAAGACAGGCUAUGCCUUACCACUAUUUUAUGGACGUCGCAUUUUUCAAUCUAAAUUUGGAUUGUUACCUUAUCGACAUCCGAUUGAUACGUAUAUUGGUGAACGGAUUAAAAUACCAAAAUUAUCUCCUGAACACAUUACACCUGAAAUAGUUGAUGAAUAUCAUGAGAAAUAUCUAACAGGCAUGGCUUGUUUUGGUCCAGCAUCCGGUCUACGUACAAUGAUCUUUUCUCGUUAUAGUUGGGGUUAUUAUAGUGCUUCGAUAAUGUCGAUAGUCAAUGUUAUGUCAGCCAUCGGUUGGGCAGUUGUUAAUAGUAUCAACGGUGCGCAAACAUUACGUGUUGUAUUCAAUGAUUCAUUCCCUAUAACUGUUGGAAUAAUUAUAAUUGCUAUUAUAACGAUGAUCAUCUCAUUUAUAGGUUAUAAAUGGAUUCAUAUCUAUGAACUUUAUUCAUGGAUACCAGUAUUUAUAGGAUAUUGUAUAUUAGCAGGAGUUGAUGUCAAAUAUUUUACAAAUAGUGAAAUGACAAAUCAAAAUUGGAAACAAGCAUAUGAAAUAGAUAAUGUGGGUGGAUUAUUGCGUGCCAUUCUAUCACCUCUUCGUGGUUUUGGGAAAUUUAUAUUUAUUCUAUUUUCAUUAUCAAUUGUUGCAUGCAAUAUACCGAAUCUUUAUUCAUUAUCAUUAUCUACACAAGUUAUUGCACCAAUAUUUAGUCGUAUACCACGUUUUCUUUAUACAGUUAUUGGUACUGCAGCCUAUGUUCUAUUAGCUAUUGUAGCUGCAAGUAAAUUUAAUGGUGCAUUAACAUCAGUUAUGGGUAUAUCUUCAUAUUGGUCUGCAAUAUUUAUGGUUAUUGUAUUUGAAGAUCAUAUAUUAUUUCGACGUUGUUCAUUUCGAAAUUACAAUUUUAGUAUAUGGAAUUCUUCUAAACUAUUACCAAUUAGUUUAGCUGCUAUUCUAUCGGCAUUAGUUGGUGUAGCUGGUAUUAUACUUGGAAUGUCACAAAUUUGGUUUAGUGGACCAAUAGCAAAAGCUAUUGCAGAAGAUACGGAUAUCGAAGGUGCAGAUAUUGGCUUUGAAGCUGGAUUUAUAUUUACAGCAGCUGCUUUUCCAUUAUUUAGACUCAUUGAACUGGAUUUUAUUCGACGAUGA